ACGAAACAAGUGCAAUUUAAUUAUACGAACGACAUCGGCGACCUAAUUACCUAUAAAUUUAGAAGAUGAAUACCACUACAUCGGAUUUCAAAACAGUGCAGAAUGACAGUGAUGAUUCCGAUGAAGAAUACACACCGUUGUAUGAUGACACCGAUGAACCUGACCAACGCACUGCUCAAGAAACCAAAGGAUGGAAUCUGUUCCGAGAAAUUCCCGUAAAAAAAGAAAGUGGUUCGCAAGCUACUGCAGAAUGGGUCGAACUCAGUGUAAAGAUACUGAAGGUCCUCGCCUACAUAUUGGUGUUUAUUGCGGUACUCGGCUCAGCAAUGAUUGCGAAAGGAACAUUGUUAUUUGUCACGUCUCAAUUAAAAAAGGAUAGGAAUAUCAAUCAUUGUAAUAAAGUUUUAGUACCCGGCCAGCAGUUUCUUACCGUUCACACAUUAGAAGAGCGCAUAACAUGGCUGUGGGCUGCCCUCAUCGUAUUUGGUGCACCGGAGUUUGGAAUUUUUCUCAGAUCUAUUAGAGUGUGUUUUUUCAAAACUUCACGAAAGCCUACAAUUUUGGUAUUUUUUGUAGCUUUUAUUACAGAGACUUUGUAUACAAUAGGCAUAGCUAUUCUGGUGCUUUUCAUUUUGCCGGAAUUAGAUGUAGUUAAAGGAGCAAUGCUGAUGAACGCUAUGUGUAUAGUACCUGGUAUCCUUAACGCUGCGACAAGGGACCGAUCAGAUUCACGAUAUUCCAUGAAGUUGGCCUUGGACAUCUUCGCUGUGUCGGCGCAGGUCACUGCGUUCUUCGUGUGGCCCCUUCUAGACGGGACCUCUGUUCUCUGGUGGACACCUAUGGCUUGCAUAUUCAUAUCACUCGGCUGGUGGGAAAAUUUUAUAUCAACGCCUGAUAAAGAUACACCAGCCGUAUUUCGACAACUGUACAAAUUUUCAAAGGAACUUAAAAGUACGCGAUACUACACUCAGCGUAUUCUGUCACUGUGGAAAAUAAUAGUAUUUAUGGGGUGUAUCAUGCUAUCGCUGCAUGUACAAAAAGACGACCCCUUAUCAUUUUUCACUUCUUGUUCUGAUGCAUUUUCCGCACGUAAUUACACUGUUCAUGAGUACCACGUCAUUCAGGACAUAACUAGUGACCGGGACCUGGUAUAUGAUUUGACCGGAGGCACCUACGAUCUGCCCGCUUCACAUUACUCGUCGUUGUGGGUCGCUUUAAUCCAAGUUACCAUCGCUUACUUCUGCUUCGCCAGCGCUAAAUAUGCCUGCAAAAUUUUAAUACAGGCUUUCAGUUUUACAUUCGCCUUAAGUCUCGUAGGACCAGUUGCCAUUAAUAUUCUCAUAGUGUUAUGUGGUUUGAGAAAUUCAAAUCCUUGCGCAUUUCAUAACACUAUACCAGAUUAUUUGUUCUUCGAAAUUCCACCAGUGUACACACUAAAAGAUUAUGUAGGACGUGAAAUGACGUGGAUCUGGCUUCUCUGGUUAAUAUCUCAGGCGUGGAUAUGUGUCCAUGCGUGGCAACCUCGUUGUGAGCGUCUAGCUGCCACUGAUAAAUUGUUCUGGAAGCCUUGGUACAGUGGACCCUUAAUUGACCAAUCUCUACUUUUAAACAGAACUAAAGAAGAGGACACAGAAAUACAGUAUGAGAACCUUGAAAAUGAUUUGAAAGAAGACAUUGAUGAAACUGACAAUGACGGAAACAAAGAUUAUGUCAGACCAUCAGACAGCAUCACAAGAAUAUACAUAUGUGCAACAAUGUGGCACGAGACAAAAGAAGAAAUGAUGGAAUUCUUGAAGUCUAUAUUUAGACUGGACGAGGACCAAUGUUCUCAACGUGUCGCACGCAAGUACUGGGCCAUACAUAACAGCGAUUAUUAUGAAAUGGAAGCUCAUAUAUUCAUGGAUGACGCGUUCGAAUUAUCUAAUAACAAUGAAAGUGUUGUGAACUCUUUCGUAAAAUGUUUGGUGAAUACGAUCGAUGAAGCUGCCUCAGAGGUGCACACCACUAACGUGCGGCUGAGACCGCCAAAGAAGUUCCCUACGCCAUACGGCGGUCGACUAGUUUGGACGCUACCCGGAAAAAAUAAGCUGAUUUGUCAUUUGAAAGACAAAUCAAAAAUCAGGCACAGGAAGCGAUGGUCACAGGUGAUGUACAUGUACUACUUCUUGGGACAUCGUUUAAUGGAUCUUCCAAUAUCCGUGAAACGCAAAGAAGUAAUUUCGGAGCAUACAUACUUGCUUGCGCUAGACGGCGACAUUGACUUCCAGCCGUCCGCUGUUACAUUACUAAUCGAUCUGAUGAAGAAAGACAAAAAUCUAGGGGCAGCAUGUGGACGUAUCCAUCCAGUAGGGUCUGGUUUUAUGGCUUGGUAUCAAAAAUUCGAAUAUGCCAUUGGACAUUGGCUACAAAAAGCAACUGAACACAUGAUUGGUUGUGUACUGUGCAGUCCCGGGUGUUUCUCACUGUUUAGAGGUAAAGCCCUUAUGGAUGACAACGUGAUGAGAAAGUAUACUUUAACUUCGCACGAAGCUCGCCAUUAUGUGCAAUAUGACCAAGGUGAAGACCGUUGGUUGUGUACUCUGCUGCUGCAGCGUGGGUACCGCGUGGAAUAUUCGGCCGCAUCCGAUUCUUACACUCACUGUCCGGAGCGCUUCGAUGAGUUCUAUAACCAGCGCCGUCGCUGGGUGCCCUCCACAAUGGCCAAUAUACUGGAUCUUCUCGUAGACUCCAAGCAUACGGUGAAAGUCAACGACAAUAUUUCUACGCUAUACGUUCUCUAUCAGAUGUUGUUAAUGGUGGGCACAGUGCUGGGUCCGGGGACUAUCUUCCUUAUGAUGAUUGGAGCUAUGAACGCCAUCACAGGAAUGAGCAACAUAUAUGCACUCCUACUUAACCUAAUUCCAAUAGGCAUAUUUAUCUUCGUAUGUAUGACAUGCAAAUCAGAGACACAGAUAACCUUCGCAAACAUAAUAACAUGUGCAUACGCAAUGGUAAUGAUGAUGGUGAUUGUGGGUAUAGUAUUGCAAAUAAUAGAGGACGGUUGGCUUGCCCCGUCUAGUAUAUUCACCGUAGUUAUAUUUGGUUCUUUCUUCAUAACGGCUUUAAUGCACCCUCAAGAGAUGUCCUGUUUGCUUUAUUUGGGCAUAUACUACAUAACAAUCCCCAGUAUGUACAUGUUACUGAUUAUCUACUCAUUGUGUAAUUUAAACAACGUCUCCUGGGGCACUCGGGAAGUACCACAGAAGAAAUCUAUUAAAGAAUUAGAACAAGAAAAGAACGAAGUUGAAGCAGCAAAGAACACUAUGGACGCUAACAGUAUAUUAAAGUUCUUUGGAAAAUCUGAAGAAAAGGAUGGUUCAUUAGAGUGUGGCGUGUCUGGAUUGUUUAAGUGCAUGUGUUGUACUAAUCCUAAGGACCAUAAAGAGGACCUCCAUUUGUUGCAAAUACAUAACGCUUUGGAGAAGAUCGAAAAUAAAUUGAAGAAAUUGGAUGUUGUUGAAGUGACAGAACCAACUGUGAACAGUCGCCCGUCGUCCAUAGGUCUUCGCGGGGAGCGACUUUCCAUAGUGCCAGAGUAUGAACACAGUGAUAUCUCUGCUGAAAUACCUACAGAAGAAAGAGACGAUCUCGUAAACUUUAACUGGAUUGAGGACACAGAACUGCAGAAGGGUGAAGUGGAUUUCUUGUUAACAGCUGAGAUUGAAUUCUGGAAGGAUUUAAUAGACGCCUACUUGAGACCCAUCGAUGAAGACAAAGACGAACAGGAGCGUAUUAAAAAUGACCUGAAAAACUUGAGGGACACAACUGUAUUCGCGUUCCUUAUGUUAAACGCAUUGUUCGUAUUGACUAUCUUCUUGCUACAGCUUAACAAAGAUCAGUUGCACAUCAAGUGGCCCCUGGGACAGAGUGCGUUCAUUUCAUACGUUUCGGAUAUUAAUGUUGUAAUUGUUAAUCAAGAAUAUUUGAUGUUGGAACCAAUUGGAUCGUUGUUUUUAAUAUUCUUCGGAUCAGUGAUGUUGAUACAAUUCACAGCCAUGAUGUUGCAUCGUCUUGGUACUCUUGCACACUUACUGUCCACUGUUCAUCUCAAUUGGUUCUGCCUUAAAAAACCCGACGAAGUCACCCAUCACGCUAAAAUUGAAAAAGAUGCUGUAAAUAUGGUAAAGAGCUUGGCAAAGGCAGAUCUUACCGGUUUGGAAAGUGCUGGUGUAGACGAAGGAGACGUGUCGCGUAGGAGGACGAUCCUGCAAUUGGAAAAUAGUAGGGUUUCCAAGCAUGACGUUUUCAAUCUGGAUACUAAUUUCAAGAGAAGGAUCACAAUGUUGGAAAACGCAGAUCCCGCGUCACUACCCUCUCUGCCUUGGUUGGGCAGUGAUUUCACGGAACGCCGAGACACUUUACGCGCAUUAAAGGCAAGAAGGGAAUCAGUAGCGCUUGAAAGACGCCGCUCACAACUACUUCAGAUCGAUCCAAGAUCUUCCGCUUUCCGUUAUGGCAUUCCUGGAACUUCGGGUAUUCCCGGCCACGCAUCUGGAGUGUACGUGAACGAAAGUUACCAGCCUUCAGCACUACAGGACAGCGACGACGAAUCUGAUGUUUCCGUCCACGGAGGCACCACUUCUGACGGACCCGCCAACACACCCUCCAGGGCCAGUGUAGUUCGUUUCAAUCUUACAUAAUAAUAUAUGUAGAUAUUUAUACAUUAUUUUAUACACGAUAUAUAUUAGUUUUAUAUUGUUUAAUUAUAGUUACAUAAUCUUUAUUAUUACAUUAGCAUUGUAAUAAACAUUAAUUUAAAUUCAGCUUUAAAAUAUUUA